CAGCUCGGGACAGCUCCAGGUGCUCAGGCCUCCACUCAGCUCCCUUCCAGCGCCGAGAUGCCCAAGAAGGCUGGUGCGACAACAAGGCCAGUGGGUAAAAGCCAGAGCAAGGAACCGGAGAAACCACUUCCUCCCCUAGUUCCUGUGGCUGUUGAUCCUAAAGGUUGUGUCACCAUAGCCAUCCAUGCCAAACCUGGCUCCAAACAAAUUGCCGUAACAGAUUUGACAAUAGAAGCCGUCCGUGUAGCUAUUGCAGCACCUCCAUUGGAGGGAGAGGCUAAUGCUGAGCUCUGUCGGUAUCUGUUCAAGGUCUUAGAACUCAGGAAGAGUGAUGUAGUUUUGGAUAAGGGUGGUAAAUCUUGUGAAAAGGUGCUGAAAAUUUUGGCCUCCACACCUCCAGAAGAGAUCUUAAAAAAGGAAUCCAAAAAUAAAUAA